AGGGUCGGCGGCGGCGCCGGGAUUCUCAGCCUGCCCUGCCCGCCUGCCCGCCCGCCUGCCCGCCUGCCUCCUCCUCCGCCCGCCCGUCUCUCUCUCUCCCUCCGUCCACCCCGUGAUCCCGGGCGGGAGGGAGGGCGGGAGGGAGGGCUGCCGGGGGCGGGACUCGGCCUGGCCCGGCGUCUCCCCUCCCCUUCCCGGGUGGGCGCCGAACAAAGGAAGGCAGGCAGGCAGGCAGGCAGGCAAGGGGGCCCCUCCCUCCCUCCCUCCCUCCCUCCCGCCCUCCGGACCAAGAUGCCUCGGCUCCUGCCGCUCCCGGGACGGGAAAGGCCCGCUCCGCCCGCCCGGCUCCGGAUCCUGCUCCUCGCGCCCCUCGCGCUCCUCCUGCUCGGGGGCCACGGACACGCCGCCAGGGCUCAAAACUGGCGGAAUGAAAAUUUUGAGCGGCCCAUUGACCUAGAAGCCUCUGGAGAUGACGACUCCUUUGAAGAUGAAGAAAUGGAAGAAACGGAGGAUCUAUAUUCAGGCUCUGGCUCAGGGUAUUUUGAGCAGGACUCUGGCAUCAAGGCCGUCUUGCCGGUCACCACGGAGGUGCCCAUCGUCCUCACGACGACAACGGCCGCAGUCCUGCCCGUCACGUCGGUGCAGCCGGUCGGCAUCCCCUUUGUGCCCUUCCCCACGGAGGAAGCCACCGCCGGGCCAACCACAGGCGACCCCUUGACCCCCAGGAUGUCCGAGGCGCCGGCGGUCACCGUCCAGAAAGCAAGUGGCGCUCCCACCAUGGCCCCCACGACCCCGGCCAGCACCAAGCCCACAACGGUGUCCAGGGUCUUGGUGCCCUUCAUCACCGUCCUCGCCACAACGCAACCCGUCACACUCGAAACACCAACGGCUGUUGUCGUCACUAAGACGGAAGCCACCACGUCUCUUCCAGUGACCACCAGCGUCACAAAGGUCAGACUGAUGCCAACACUCAGCACAUCACAGGAGCCAGAGGUCAGCGAGGAAAGCACCACGCCGCUGCCGCCUUUGAGCCCCACGGCAUCCACCGAAUCCGUCCAGACGGACCCCCUCGAUGUGGGCCUUUCCACAGCAAUAACGAGUCGCGACCCAGAGCCGCCCGUCAGCGGGGACUUUGAAAUCCGCGAGGAGGAGGACGUGGCUCCAACCGAGCUCAGCAAUGAAGUGGCCCCCCUGGUCACUCCGGCGGCCGGACCGGUGCUGAGGAAGAACGUGGAGACGGGGCUCAUCGACAAUACCAUCGAGUCUGGAAACUCGGCUGCGCAGCUUCCCCAGAAAAAUAUCCUCGAGAGAAAAGAAGUCCUCAUAGCGGUGAUCGUGGGCGGGGUGGUCGGCGCCCUGUUUGCGGCCUUCCUGGUGAUGCUGCUCAUCUACCGGAUGAAGAAGAAGGACGAGGGGAGCUACACGCUGGAGGAGCCCAAGCAGGCCAGCGUCACGUACCAAAAACCCGACAAGCAGGAGGAGUUCUAUGCGUAGACUGGAGCCUCGCGUGCCUCACUUUCCCUUCCUGUCUCGAUGCCGCCCUUUUUUAAAGGCUCUCCCUCGCUGUUUGCGCAGACUCGUUCCAACCAGGCGUGUGAACUUUCACCAGGAGGAGAGAAGGAGGCUUUCCAUCGUUCUUUGCAAGAAAGAGGCCGUUUUUCAAAAAAGUAUUGCACGUCUUUAAAAGGUAAACAUUGUUCCGGAGGAGAAAGCAUGGAAAAGAAGGAGCGCUGGCCUUCCUGUGGCCGAUUCCGUCCCGCUUCCUUGGAUGAAUGUCUGAACUGGUAAGUUUGCCAGAAACGUCCUGGAUUCAGAUCACGCUCAGGACUAGAGACUUGGUCUUGGUUUUGUUUUUUACCGCGACGGACACUUUUGCUUUUUCCGGCACUUUGUAGGACUACUACUCUUUGUAACAAGGUUUGGAUUUCGAGGGCAAGGAGGAGUCAAAGCCUUCCAACACCGGCUCCCAAAUCGAACCGAGCCUUGCGUUGCUGCACCAGAGAGCGAACAUGUGAGCAUUGCGCAUGGCUCUCUCUCGGGUGGCACUUCCUGCUCACCACCGGGCAUUGCAGGAUUUGUUGUCGAAGGCAUUCAUGGCCAGAAUCAUAGGGUUGUUAUGUGUUUUCUGGGCUGUGUGGCCAUCUUCCAGGAGCAUUCUCUCCUGACGUUCCGCCCACAUCUAUGGCAGGCAUCCUCAGAGGUUGUGAGGUCUAUGGCAGGAUUGUCCCGGGCUUCCCGCAGUCUCUCGUUUGGUAUUUUGUCCAGCCGUGCCUCAACAUUGGAAACUCAGUCGUAUUGGAAGGAAGUUGAUUAAGGGACACUUUUCUAGGCUGUUACUAAUAGGAGUACGGGGAUCGAUGUGUGGGCGGGAGGAGGGCCAGCUGUCUUCUCAAUCUGUACAAAUAGUUCGUAACUACGUACAUAUCAACAAGUCCUUUCCUUCUUCGCCAGGGAGUGAGGACAAAGUGGUGCAAAGCACUUCUGCAAAUGUGUUCAAUCACUGGGUUGCUGUGAGUUUUGUUUGCUGUCUGGCCAUGUUCCAGAAGCAUUCUCUCCUGACGUUUCGCCUGCAUCUAUUCGUACCAGAAUCUGAGGACGCCUGCCAUAGAUGUGGGCGAAACGUCAGGAGAGAAUGCCUCUGGAACAUGGCCAGGCAGCCCGCAAAACCCACAGCAACUCACUUCUACAAAUGUUUGAUCCUAUAUGAUUGCAAAAAGAAAUUAGUGCCCAGAAGGUGAUUAAAUAUUUACGUGACUAACAGGGCUUUCAAACUUUUAUUUAAGCAAAUUAGCAUUUUUGUUGGUAACUUGGGUGAGCAAUGGAUGAGGCUGACGGGCGGAUUUGCAGGCAGUAUAUUAAGCCCCAAAGAAAGGAUUGGAUCAAUUGGAACAUUGGAUUGUGUGCAGUUAAUUAUGACAUAUCUUAAAGUCAUGCUAUGUGCAGUUACCGUAAGUGUGGCAUGUCUUAAAGUCAUGUUAUGCGCAGUUACCAUAACUUGACAUAUCUUAAAGUCAUGCUAUGCGCUGUUGCUGUAAUUAUGACAUAUCUUAAAUUCAUGUUAUGCGCAGUUACAUAACUGUGACAUAUCUUAAAGUCAUGCUAUGCGCACUUGCCGUAACUAUGACAUAUCUUAAAUUCAUGUUAUGCGCAGUACCCGUAACUGUGACAUAUCUUAAAGUCAUAUUAUGUUCAGUUACCGUAACUGUGACAUAUGUUAAAGUCAUGCUAUGCGCAGUUACCGUGUGACAUAUCUUAAAGUCAUGUUAUGCGCAGUUACCGUAACUGUGACAUAUUUUACAGUCAUGUUAUGCGCAGUUACUGUAACUGUGAAAUAUCUUAAAGUCAUGCUAUGUGCAGUUGUCGUAACUAUAACAUAUCUUAAAUUCAUGUUAUGCGCAGUUACCGUAACUGUGACAUAUCUUAAAGUCAUGCUAUGCGCAGUUACUGUAAGUGUGACAUAUCUUAAAGUCAUGUUAUGCGCAGUUGCCGUAACUAUGACAUAUCUUAAAUUCAUGUUAUGCGCAGUUACGUAACUGUGACAUGUGUUAAAGUCAUGCUAUGUGCCGUUACCGUAACUAUGAAUUAUCUUACAGUCAUGCCAAGCGUAGAACCAAAAACAACACAAAGGAAAUGCAGCAUGAGAAAAGAAAUUGGCUAACUUAUGAAAAAACAAUCAUGUUUUAUGGAAUGCCUCCUAGUCGGACGCUGUUGCGAAGCAUCUGUUGCUCCUGGCAAAUGUCUAUUCAUCAGCAACGGCUGAGCACUGUAUGCGUAACGUCUGGUUAGAGUGCUGUUGACCCUCUCUGGUCACAUUUCAAUGGCGUGUCAACAACUGGGAGAGGGUUGGGUGUUGAAUUCGAAAGGAGGUAAUGAGCUUGGCACACAUGAUGCACAAUGGGGAGCUCGGGACCUUAGUUAACUCAGAAGGAGGAGGAGGAGGGAAUGUGCAGACAAGCCAUGUUCAUGUUUUUCAAAGACAGACCAAUGGAUUGAAAGGCGAGGCGGAAGGAGUUGGCCUCGACAAAAGAUCUUUGUUUUUAAUUGUGUUUAGAAGUUUCUUCCCUGCCGGGUCCAGGGAAUGGCCUGACGGCAGAGACUAGAAAUUAGUCUUGUGCAUUCGUAUGGCAUCGCAAUUCAUUUCAUUUUGUUCUAUUCAUUUCGGCCCGUUUUUGUUUUCGUCUCCGCUUCUGAAAACGGGGCGCCUACCCGAAUGGGAUUUUUGUCUCAUGUCCGAAAAAAACUGAUUUUUUUUUAACCAUUGGCAGCAAUGGGAGGGCUUCCGAGGCUCCCCCCCCCCUCAGUUUUAGGGCUAGAGGGGUGAAAAUAGCCACAUAUGUAGGCCAUAUCGACCCCUUUUACCCCUGAUUUCUAGCAAUGUUUUCCCUCAGAGAUCAGCCUAUUGAGUGUCUCAUUCAACGGUGCUCCACAGCCGGUGCCUGAAGUUCUCUUCUCUGCCUUGACCUGCUAAUUCUCCAUGCAAGGAGUCUUGCUGCUUCCUUGAGGUUGUAAAGUAGGCAUGGGCCAACUUCGGCCCUCCCUCCAGGUGUUUUGGACUUCAACUCGCACAAUUCCGAACAGCCUACCGGCUGUUCGGAAUUGUGUGAGUUGAAGUCCAAAACACCUGGAGGGAGGGCCGAAGUUGGCCCAUGCCUGGUGGUAAAGCAACUACAUUAUUCUUGGCAAUAAGCUCUCCAUUGCAGUUGUUCUCAACCUUUGGUCCUCCAGGUGUUUUGUACUCCAACUCCCAGAAUAAUAAUAUAUAAUAAUAAACUUCAUUUAUAGUCCGCUCUAUCUCUCCGGGGGGACUCAGAGCAGAUUACAGAAUACAUACAUGGCAAACCAAUGAGUCUGUGGGCCGUAAUGAAUGUUAUUGUUGUUGUAUGUGGCAAAAAUGCAAUGCCACUACACAAUGAAUAACAAAGACAGACAAUACACAAACAGAGGCAAGGCUUCUCACUUUUUCAUCUCUGGCAUCUGGAGGCUGUGCUUGACUCGGCCAUGAGGAGGUGCUCUUGUUCCACUUUCCUCAUUGAUACUUUCCUGAUCGAAUCUGCCACAUGUUUUUUCAGGGGCGCUUUUUACCUUUCCGCUGAAACGGUACCUAUUGAUCUACUCACAUUGCUAUUUUCAGACUGCUAGGUAAGCAGAAGCUAAGGCUCACCCCGACCCGCAGCCAGAAGUCCCGGCCAACUUACUAGCUGUUAGGAAUUGUGGGAGCUGAAGUCCGAAACACCCGGAGGACUAAAGAUUGAGAACCACUGCUCCACUGUGCUAGCAAGCUAGGCUUCAAUCCAAUUGGUAGUCUCCAUUUAAGUACACCAGUUGAACCAAUGGCAUUUACGUAAGGACAGACUUACCACUUUUGCACUGCUCUUGUUGGUUCUAACAGAUUCUCACAAGGUGAUGUAUCCUGUCAACAUGGCUGCCAUGUUGUCAUUUCUUCUCUCCUUUUCUGUCAUUCCUCUUCUUCCCAAACGUGUGAUCUCCUCUCACUUCCUAGUGAAAGCUAUUUAGAAAUGUUGCUUGACUCAACAACAUUAGAUUUUUCCAACAUGAGAGUUCAAAAGGCUUUUGGUUUCUAGAGAAAGGUCCCUACUAUACAUUUUUGGCGUGUGUUGGAGUGAACUACAGCUUGCAGAAUGUAUAAGAACAAGGUCUGUUUGGAGACAACAUGCAUAGAUUGGGACAUGUAUGUGCAUUCAAUAUCGAUUUUAACAUGUACAUAAAUGAGACCGAUGAUCCUUAUUGUGGGCUGUUAGGAAUUGUGGGAGUUGAAGUCCAGAACACCUGGAGGGCUGAGGUUUGACCAUGCCUGGUUUAACCUGUGGUCAAACUGGCUUGAAAGGUUGACCUCAGAUUAUUAUUAUUAUUGUUAUUAUUAACACCACUUUAUUUAUAUUUUGCCCUAUCUCUCCAAGGGGACUCAUGGCCUAUCACAGUACACAUACACGGCAAACAUUCAGUGUCGUUUGGAGACAGGACAGAACAAGACAGACAGAAGGAGGCAUGUAGUCUUGAAGUCCAGUGUUUUUGGUGCUUUGGAGGUUGAGGUUGUGCUCAGAUUCAGCCACAGGGGGUGCUGUUGCUCAUUCUCUAUGACGAAGAACCUUCAGGACUUCCUCCUUCCGCUUUCCUUUUGGUCGCCGGCAUUUCUGGUCUUGUUCUUUAUGGCGUCGUAAAAUGCCUCCCCCUCUUUUUAGUGGUACCUAAUAUCUCUACUUACAGCUUAUAAGCUGUUUUCGAACUGCUUAGGUAAACUGUGAGCUGGGCUUGAUGGUUGAGUGCUCACCCCGGCCGGGCUUCGAACUGGCCACCUUUCAGUUGGUAGAUCUUACGACUGCUGGUGAUUUAUCAGCCCAGCUUGGUGUGUUAUUUGGAUGCCUCAGGUUAAUGCAAUUCCUAUACUUCAUUAUACACGAGUGUCAGUGCAGCCAUCGUCACAAGUUUUGGAAUCCAGGGAAGGUCCUUCUGACUAUGUCCUUCUGACCAGUAUCUCAUUCUCUUUGCUUUGCUGGAAUUGUUCUUCCAUAUGAGAAAGGAAUUGCAACUUAAAUAUCCCUCCUGUCAGGACACACAUUUUGAACACAACGCAGAGCUAGUGAACUUGACGCUGACUCUUUCCGAUGUUUGCAUUGCCCUGAGAUCCGUUGCGCACUUCCACACAUUCUUCUGAAGGCCUCCACCAUUCAGGUCCCAUUGCCUCAAUAUGUGUGGAUCAUCAUAUUUACAACCGACAAUCAAUUCACAUGAGAAGCAAAAAAAUAACCCUCCCCAAAUCCACUUGUUUACACUGUUUUAUAAAACUGAUUUCUAAACACGCACCAACAACAAAAACCCUGUCACUUGAACAACUUCGCUGCUUUUGUACCUCCAAAGCAAAAAUAUAACCAUUUUUUUGUAAAUAAGAAUAUCAUAUAAAUAUAUAUAUAUAUAUAACUUCAGAAAAACCAAGGAACUAGAAUAAUUUUAAUCGCGAAAUGUACAUACAUGGUGAAAGUUAUUUGAAAAACCGCCAGGACGAUGGGAAACCUGUUAGGUUAGUUAAGUAUUAAGCGGGAUCCUGUUCUGCAAACACAGGAGAGCGAUGCAUGUACAUAUUUUUAAAUGUGUCUUCAAACAGUCCUUUUUGGUAUGUGUAUAUAACUCUUCUAGAAAUUAGUACCCAAAUUGCUAUUUAGUGUGUCGAAAAAUGGAAGUCGGAGGUCAAAGGUUUUUAACAAAUGUUUUUUGGGUUUUGUUUUUUUUGUCCACGGACAAAAGGUUCAUAUCAUGUUUUUAAAGAAACCUUUUGCCCGUGUAGCAUUGUAAUGUUAACGUCUAUUUUUUUUUUUAUUCCUGCUGUGUUGUGCUCAUUUAUAAGAAGGAACAGAAUAAACGCAAAUGUUGACAUCGGAA